AUGCAAAAGGCAAUGAAAAGCGCAGAAUAUAUAAAAGCUAAUAAUGACUGGUUAGAUGCCCAAGCCAACGCUAAAGCAGCCCAACUUAUAGGGUCAAUAAGGACAAAAAUACAAGCGGAUGAAGACAGUUCAAAUGAAGCUUUAAUGAAUGCUGACUUUAAGAAUGCCUUCGAAGCUCUUCAUAGUAAGGUGAAACUAGUGAACGACUUCUCAUCUGGAAAGAAACUGAAGUCUGAAGGUUUCGACAAAGAGUUAAGAGAAGUAGCACAAAAUAUGACGAAAAUAACAGAUGCAGCAACGAGACAGGCAGUUCAAAGUGCCUAUGACGCCGUUAGAGCAACUGUUGUGGAAAGUCAAGAAAAAGAGUUACAACAGACCAAAACAGACCUAGUAAAUGCUUUCUUAAAAACGAAAAGUCAGGUAGGACAUUAUGCUGCAGAUGGAACAUAUGUGCCAGCUGGUGGAACUUAUAUACCACCAAACCCUCCAAGAGAAGCACCUGCACCAGGACUACCUAAAACAUUUACAUCGUCACAUGGACACAGACACAGGCAUGCACCAAAACCAACACAACAACCAACAGUUCAAAAUCCAGCACCACAACAACAACCAAAACCAACAGUUCAAAACCCUGCACAACAACCAACAGUUCAAAAUCCAGCACCUGCACCACAACCAAAACCAGCACAACAACCACCUCCACAACCAGCACAGCAACCAACAGUUCAAAACCCUGCACAACAACAACCACAAACAGAGCAAGGACAUAAAAGAAGUAGAGAAAAAGGAAACCAAGAAUUCUUAAAAAUGCUUAAGGAAGAUUAUGGUUACCCAGAUACUCUUGACUUUAGUGACAGAUAUAAAGAAGCUAUUAGAAAGUUCAAGGAAGGAAAUACUGACCCGAACCUAUUUAGCUUUAUGGUUGAGCAUCAAAUCGGAUAUAAUCUCAAACCUGGAAAAUACAAGCUCGCUAAGGGAUAUGAUUUAAUAGCAUAUCAUCCAAAUGACAUGAAUGAAUUUACUCCGAGAUAUUUGAUGUCAGAGCUAAAUGAUAAUUCAACUCUCUUCAUGAAACGCGUAAAAAAUAGAGACGGAACGAAAGAAGAAAGGUUUAUGAGUCCGGAUGACUUAGAUAGGGAACUUGUUAAAAACGGUCUCGGAAUAUAUGAAAUGCCAGCAGAUGAG